AUGGUGAAAUUGAAGAUUUGGAAGUUAUGGGUGAUUUAUAGAGUGCGAUUCUUACGUUUGCAUUUGUCCAUUUGGCAGGAAUCGUUCCAAAAGCUGCUGCAUAAACAAGAAGGAAAAAGAGCUGAGUGGGAGUAUCCUUUUGCUGUAGCAGGCAUCAACAUAUCUUUUUUGUUGGUACAAAUGUUGGAUUUGCAAUCAGGCAAGCCAACAUCUCAGGCUGGAAUCCGUUUCUUAGAUUUUCUAAGAGAAGAUGAAAUGGCUUUUGAUAAUCUUUUUUGUGUCGCGUUUGAGAUGAUGGAUGCCCAAUGGCUUGCAAAGCGUGCUACUUACAUGGAAUUCAAUGAUGUUUUGAAGUCCACAAGAACACAGUUAGAGCGUGAGCUUGCUCUUGAAGAUGUCUCCAGUGUGAAGGAAUUACCCGCAUUCAACUUGUUGAAAUGGUAACCAUCCACUUUUUGUCUGGCUUAUGAAGGUAUAAAGCAUUUUAACCUCUGUAAUAUAUGAAGAUUUUAAUUCAGCUUCAUGAUUUUCCGUGAUAUAUUAUAUUUGUUUGAUUUUUUUUAGUUCAAUUACCAUAAACCCCAUUUUAAUCUGUAGAUUAUUACAUUAUAAUAGAAAAUUUUCCUAUCAAGUUUCCAUCA